UGACGUCACUACGAAAAACUCAAGGCAGGAAAACUACAUAUCCCAGAAUCCUCCGUGGAUGCGGAAGUUGCUGGUGCCGACCUUGGGAAAACUACAGUGGUAAAGCAUGGCGAAUAAAGAGCCCAACUUUCUUCAGCAUUUGAGGGAUUUUGCUGGACGUAUGUCCUCUGGCCCUCGCGGUGCAGGGAUUGGAGUGAAGUUACUAAUCGGCGCUGGUGCACUUGCCUAUGGAGUCAAAGAGGCCACAUAUACAGUGGAAGGCGGUCAGCGAGCGAUCAUCUUCAACAGAAUUGGUGGAAUCCAGAUGGACACUGUCCUGUCUGAGGGGCUACACUUCAGGAUACCGUGGUUUCAGUACCCUAUUAUAUAUGAUAUCAGAGCAACACCACGGAAGAUUUCCUCUUUGACUGGAAGUAAAGACCUUCAGAUGGUGAACAUUGCGCUGCGUGUGUUGUCACGGCCCAUGGCCUCCAACCUUCCCCACAUCUACCAGCAUCUGGGGAAGGACUAUGAUGAGCGUGUCCUUCCUUCCAUAGUCAAUGAAGUCCUAAAGAGCGUUGUAGCCAAAUUCAAUGCCUCACAGCUCAUAACGCAAAGAGCUCAGGUUUCAUUGCUGAUCCGUCGGGAGCUGUUUGAACGUGCUAAAGACUUCAACAUCAUCCUCGAUGACGUCGCCAUCACAGAGCUAAGCUUCAGCAGAGAGUACACAGCAGCUGUAGAGGCCAAACAAGUUGCCCAGCAGGAGGCACAGAGAGCUCAGUUCUUUGUGGAAAAAGCUAAGCAGGAUCAGAAGCAAAAGAUCAUCCAAGCUGAAGGAGAGGCCCAAGCAGCCAAAAUGUUAGGAGAGGCGGUCACAAAGAAUCCUGGUUAUCUAAAACUCAGGAGAAUCCGAGCAGCACAGAACAUCGCUAAAACGAUUUCAACUUCCCAGAACAGAGUAUAUCUGAAUGCAAACAGUCUAGUCCUGAACCUCCAGGAUGAGUCAUUUAAUAAAUUGUCACUGAAUAAAAAGAAGUAAGCCACCCAGAGAGCACUUUCAUUCUGUGUGUAUGAGGUUGUGUGUGCAGUGACCUCUACAUCACUGCAGGGAUCACAUUCUUCAGAUCCCACUUUCUGUGUUUCAGAGGACUUAAUCCAGUAAUCACUUUGAAUUCAUUAUGCACAUUUGUCAGUACAGAUUCAACAUGAUUUAUUUAAUGAAUUACGCUCAUGGUUAUUUUGGGUCAUUUUCAGCUUUAUAUUGCAGGUCUAUGCAACACAAAGAUCUGUUAUGAAAUCAAAUGUAUCAUAGUAAUACUGAUAAGAUCAAAAUCCACCAAUUUUCUGAAAAAUGCCCAAUGUCUUUGCUAUAUCCCUGUGCGACUUAGUCAUGAAAGGACAGCAAAAUAAAACCUUUUUGUGUUCAAAAUGUCA